UUCACGGAAACACACCCUGAAAAUCUUUCUCUCCCUCCCUCUCCUUUUCUCUCUCUCUCCUCGAGCAGAAGGCGCAUCCUAUAGGCUAAUCAGGUGGUACUUUCAGUCCAGCCUCGGUAUCCUCCUCCUGCUGCCGACAGUCGGUGUGCGCGAGGUGUUUUUGUUUGUCCGCUACCAUGGUGGGAAAUACGGAUAUCGUGUGCCUUCUCGUCCCGCUGGUGAUGCUGGCGGGGUCAACCCUCCAAACCGAAGUGAAGAGCGUCAAAGAGGCGGAAAAGACGGGGAAUUUCAUGGAAGACGAGCAGUGGCUGUCCACCAUUUCACAGUACAGCCGCAAGAUCAAGCACUGGAAUCGCUUCAGAGAUGAGGUAGAGGAUGACUACGUGCGUACCUGGGAUGAAAAUCAAGGUUCUAAUGACAAUGUAGACACCACCAAGGACCCUUGUCAAAAGGUUAAGUGCAGCCGACACAAGGUGUGUAUCGCCCAGGGCUACCAGAGAGCUGUGUGCGUCAACCGCAAGAAACUUGAACACAGGCUGAAGCAGCCCGCUCUCAGGUCUCCUGAUGGAAACUGUCACCCCUGUCCCAUCUCCUCCACUGGGCCUGUGUGUGGAUCUGAUGGACACAACUAUGCCUCAAAGUGCAAGCUGGAGCAGCAGGCGUGUCUUACGGGGAAGGAUCUUACCCUGAAGUGUUCUGGUCUGUGUCCUUGUCCAACUACUGCUCCUACAACCAAGGAGAGUAAACAUGAGGGCUGCACUGGGCAGGAUCUGGCUGAUCUCGGGGAGCGUCUGAGGGACUGGUUCCAGCUACUGCAGAGUAAUGCCAACCAGAACAACAACAGCAAACCCGGGGCCAAAGCCACUGCAGUCAGCACCACAUCAGUGCUGGACAGGAGCCUGGUGGCCAGCUGUAAGGACUCCAUAGGCUGGAUGUUCUCCAAGCUGGACACCAAUAGCGACCUGUACCUGGAUCAGGCCGAGCUGGCUGCCAUCAACCUAGACAAGUAUGAGGUCUGCAUUCGGCCCUUCUUCAACUCCUGCGAUUCCUACAGGGACGGCAAGGUCUCCACUGCCGAAUGGUGCCUCUGCUUCUGGAGAGAGAAACCCCCCUGCCUUGCUGAACUUGAGAGGAUCCAAGUAUUAGACGGCGGGAAGAGGAAGUUUGGUCGAUUCAUUCCUAGCUGUGACGAAGACGGCUUCUACAGGAAGCAGCAGUGUGACAGGGGGGAGUGUUGGUGUGUCAACCAAAACGGAGGAGAAGUGGCCGGAUCGAGGAUUCGUGGCAAGCCAGAUUGCGAUUACGAAAUGGCAUAUUCAGGUGAUUUUGGAAGUGGGGUUGGAUGGGAAGACGAGGAGGAGAAAGAAGCUGAGGAGACUGCAGAGGAGGCUGAAGAAGAGGAGGUGGGAGAGGUGGAUGACGGGGGAUAUAUCUGGUAAACGGGCCAACCAAUCUCUAAAGGAGCAUCCCAGUGGUCCCAAACUUACACACACACUUAUACACACAAAUCCUGCAAAGAGAUGGACGGGAUCAAGCGCUCACACUCAGAACAACACUGGAUUACAAAAACAGCAAAGGGGGGGGGGAAGUGGCACAAGUUGGGAGGGUGAAGAUACAGAUGCUAUGGAAGUAAUUCUUGUUACAGGAUGAUAAAGAGCAAGGGAGGGGUGGGGGGGAUCACAGUUAACAAAUUAUGGGUCUGGUGUCAUGAAUUUUGUCCUUCAUACUUGUGAAUCUUUGUUCUCUUCUGUUGUCUGUCCUUUAAACUAUCUUUGAGCAGUUUUUAGCUGAUGCAUAACGGAGACUUUAAGAAGCUGCAGGUGCUUUGCAUUAAAAUGAAUAAAAUAAACAAAGCAAGAUCGGGUGCACUUCAGUAGUCCAAAUUGGCGUCUUUCAUCGAUCAUGUUUGCAGAUUAACAACAUUUAGAUAACCAGUUUUGCUUUAAGGCAGAAAUCUGGCAAAAAAAAAAAAAAAAGAAAAGAAAAGAGAGAAAGCCACAUUAGAAUAUUGAAAAGCACCUUUUGACUUUGCCAUUUUCAUCUCUUAUGCUUCAGCUCUUAUGUGACAGUAGUGCUCUGUCUCAUUCAUGACUUAAGAAAAGGUUUCUCAUGCGUCACUCUUUAGCUUGUAUAUAUUGUGUGUAUCAGAAGGCAGAAUGUCACCUAUUAGUCCCGUAAUCAAUGCCUUGAAAGACUAGCAGAACAUGCUGCUUAGUUGACAAGUGUACAUCGUAUCAUAGUGUGGAUUGGUUAUUGUGUUUAAUAAAAAAAUGGAAUAAAAUAAACGUAUCUAUGUGGCUUCAGUGGCCACCGUA